UGUAUUUAGGAGCCUCUGGAACUGGGAGGAGGGGAAUGAACCGUGAGGGCGUCCCCGGGAAGAGUCCGGAGGAGAUGUAUAUUCAGCAGAAAGUGAGAGUCUUGCUUAUGCUUAGGAAGAUGGGAUCAAAUUUAACUGCCAGUGAAGAGGAAUUUUUGCGGACGUACGCAGGGGUAGUGAAUAGCCAACUUAGCCAGCUUCCUCAGCAUUCUAUUGAUCAGGGUGCUGAGGAUGGGGUGAUGGCGUUUUCCAGAUCGGAGACGGAAGACCGAAGGCAGUAACGGA